AUGGCGCAGUUCCGGAGGUUAACUUUGGUUAAAACCUUGAUACGUAGAUCCUAUUGCCCACCCCUCUCAGCACAACUGCUGUCUCCCCAGCAUUUCACUCAGCAUGUGCAGUUACCUGCCAGUUUAUCAAAACCAAUUCGUCAACUUACAGUGAGUGCUGUUAGUCGAUGCAAAGGUGCUACUGAAGCAGACACUGGUGAAAAGCAGUCAUUAGGAAAGGUUGAUUUAAAGUUCCAGUUAGUAUUUACAUGUAAAGUGUGCAGCACCAGACAGACAAAAAUCAUAUCUCAGUUAGCAUACAAAAAAGGUGUUGUCAUUGUGACUUGUGAUGGCUGUGCAACUAAACAUUUAGUGGCUGAUAAUCUUGGAUGGUUUUCUGACUUAGAAGGAAAGAAAAACAUUGAGGAAAUCUUAGCAGCCAAAGGUGAAGCAGUGCAGAGAGGAUUAGCAUCCUCUUAUUUGGAACUUGGGGAAAACAGUGUACAAGCGUCAACAUCCAGCACCAUAGACUAUGAAAAAGAGGAAGAGCAGAGGGCAGCUGAUGCUUGGAAUGUUGCACAAGAGACUCUUAAAAUGAUGGCUGCUGAUACAGGAACUCCAUCAGAUUCUAAUGACAAAGGUAGUAAUGAUGGUAAGAGUCGGUAG